CAAAAGAAACCAAGAGAGAGAUAUAUAAAUUAAUUAAUUAAGCAAUUAAUUAAUUAAUAAUUGAACAUGGCCAAAGCCAUUUGGAUGUUAUAUAUACACUUGUCCUCACUCCCACCAAUGCCAUAAUUUCUUCACAUGAGAGCAACACACAACCUCACGUCCUUGGUUCCAUCUGUGGCUGUGUUGUAUCACUCCUCUUCACUUCCAAAACCUUCUUCCCUUCCCUCCAUUCUCCAAUAUCCCACUGAAAAUGAGGAACAGAAACAACCAUCCCAGGUGAUUGCUAUAGCUAGGAGUCAGCAACAACUACAACAACCACAACUAUCCUUCCAAAAACCACCUUUUCAUUUUCCCUUGUAGAAGCUACACUGCUUUUCCCCUCUUAGGUGCUUACCUACCACUAUCUCUCUCAGCAAAAUUAACACAGCAAAAGAAGAAACAAUGCACAACCUCUCCUUUAACAUUAAAGGCAAGCCUAGCUAGUAUUAUUAUUGUACAUAUAUAUUACACCACACUCCUCAACCUUUCCCAUUUCCUCGAUCUUUUUUCUGCCUAGUUUCCACUGCAAGAAAGCAAGCACCCAUAGCCUUAUUAUUCAUCUUGAAUCAGCCAUAUAUAUACAUAUAUAUAGAUAAAUAUAUGGAAGGUUUUCACCCUUCUAUGACCUCUCCAUUUUCUUACACAUUUCCUAUCAGUGGUGCUGGUAGUAGUAAUAUCACCACUGCCGCAGGCACUUACAACACUUCUUCUACCACUCCAUGGAUGAACAGCAGAAUAUGGAGCAAGCUCCCUCAAAGACUUCUUGACCGUGUCUUAGCGUUCCUUCCUCCUCCUGCUUUCUUUCGUGCACGUUGUGUUUGCAAGAGAUGGUAUGCUCUUCUCUUCUCCAACACCUUUCUUGAAUUAUACCUACAAGUUUCACCACGCCGCUACUGGUUCAUGUUCUUCAAGCACCACAAGACCGGCCGCAAGAGCUACAUCUACAAGAACAACAACAACAACAACAACAACAACAAUAACAAUGGUAGUAGUGGUUGUGGACAUGGUGCAGCCUCAUCUUGUGAAGAAGGGUACCUCUUUGAUCCCUAUGACAUGGCAUGGUACCGUAUUUCCUUUGCUUUGGUUCCCUGUGGCUUCUCUCCAGCUUCUUCAUCUUCUGGUUUACUAUGUUGGGUUUCUGAUGAGGCUGGUCCAAAGACCAUGCUUCUCUGCAACCCUAUGCUUGGUUCUUUGACUCAGUUACCUCCCACUUUGAGACCAAGACUCUUUCCUUCCAUUGGCUUAACCAUUAGCCCCACUUGCAUAGAUGUUACUGUUGCUGGGGAUGACAUGAUAUCUCCUUAUGCAGUGAAAAAUUUGACUUCUGAAAGCUUUCACAUUGAUGCAGGUGGGUUUUAUUCGUUGUGGGGAACCACCUCUUCUUUGCCUAGGCUUUGUAGCCUUGAAUCUGGUAGAAUGGUUUAUGCUGAAGGCAAAUUCUACUGCAUGAAUUGUAGUCCUUUUAGUGUGUUGGCUUAUGACAUCACAUCAAACACUUGGUUCAAAAUUCAAGCACCUAUGAGGCGGUUCCUUAGGUCUCCUAGCCUUGUUGAAUGCAAGGGAAAGUUGCUUCUAGUUGCGGCUGUAGAGAAGAGCAAGCUUAACGUACCAAAGAGUUUGAGGGUGUGGAGUUUGCAGGCUUGUGGAACUAUGUGGGUGGAGUCAGAGAGAAUGCCACAACAACUUUAUAUUCAGUUUUCUGAGUUGGAAGUUGGGAAUGGUUUUGAAUGUGUAGGGCAUGGAGAGUUUAUUGUUAUCAUGAUUCGUGGAACAGACAAGGCCUUGCUGUUUGAUAUAUGCAGGAAGAGGUGGCAGUGGAUUCCACCUUGUCCUUACACAGCACAUGAUGGCUUUGAAUUGCAUGGUUUUGCCUAUGAACCUAGACUUGCCACCCCAGUUACUGGCCUCCUUGAUCAAUUGGCACUUCCCUUUCAGAGUUUUAAUGCUUGAAUGGAAUAAUAGUUGAUAUAUAAUAAUGUGUUGGUAAUGUUGUAACGAUGCUUGGUAUGGCCUAGCUUGAAGUAUGAAAAUUAAAUGCAGUGAGUCCGUUUGUAGUAUUAUUGAUAUUAGUGCACUAGUCAAUCACUUAGCGUUCUACAAUAGUUUUGAGGUUUGGUUUGGAAUCUAAGCAACUAGGCUGUGAAAUGCAAUUAUAAUUAAGCAGCUUCCUUUUGCACUUAUCAGCUUCCACGUGCUACUACGAUGUUUUUACUACACGUUAUUUUCUUUAACUUUUUCCCCCCCUUCUAAAAAGCACAAAACUAGGUCUGGUGUCCAUUUAGUAAUUUAUUAUAUAUAAUGAGAUGUGAUCGUUAUACUAUUGUUUCCAUUCAUCGUGUCUCCUAUGGUCAAAUUUUCUAAUUUAUAUCAUGAACUCUCACUUUUUAACUACGGGCCAAUUUUUGCAUAUUAGAGAUCAACUAUUUCUUUUUACUUAUUCCUCGUGUGUAGAUAGGUAGAUAGUAUCCUCUAGGAAUAAUAACAAAGCAUAAGAUGCAAUCCAUAGAGCAGCUGACAAAUACUACCUUUUUUUAAAAAAAAGAAAAUAAUACAAUUUGUUAAGAAUGAACUUCAAUAGGACAUUGAGACCUACACAAUAUGGCAAUCAAACCUUGUUACUUUUACCUUAUUUUGUACAUGAAAUCUUCAAAUUGUCAAUUUUUAUUCAAAAUAUUCAUAAACUAAGUUACUUCAUAUCUUAUUUUGUUUAAAAUUUAUCAAUUAAAAUAUCUAAUUUUAUCUUAAAUAUAUUAUAACAUUUGAAGGUUCCACAGUUAAAAAAAAGUAGCUUUCAAAAUUUAUAAUGGAGAACAUUUUUUAAUCAUAGCCAAACUUUAUCUAUUAUUUAUAUUUAAAAGAAGUGCAUGUGAUAUUGAACAAUUGUUUACUUAUGCUAAUAUUUUUAAAUUGUGCUCCACUGUUGUAACUUUCGUUUAUUUUAUUUAGACAACAAUUUUACAAUUAGCAUAAUUGUAAAUGAAAAUAUUUGUUGUAAACAUAAACACACAAUGGUUACUUCAAUAACAACUUAUCAACAACGAUAAAAU